CCAUUGAUGAUGAUGAUGUUGAAUUUAGAGCUCUGUAGCUCACUUUUCUUGUACUUUCUCCCAGCUCUGUUUCUCAUCGUCUUGGUCCAAUUCAAAUCUAGUUUCAAAGCACUACUCUUUUCUUCUUCUUCUUCCGACAAGAAGAAUCCUACAAUUCCCAGAUCUUAUCCCUUCAUUGGCUCCAUUUUCUCCAUUUACGCUAAUAAGGAACGAGGUGUUCAAUGGACCUCUGAAUUGGUUUUGGCUUCGCCGUCGCACACCUUCAUCCUCCACCGUCCCAUCUGCAGACAAAUUGUUUUCACCGCCAAUCCGGCUAAUGUCCGUCAUAUCCUUAAAACCCACUUCCAUAAUUACGAAAAAGGCGACUUCUUCCGGAUCGGUGUCGCCGACUUCCUCGGAGACGGAAUCUUCAACACGGACGACGACAAAUGGAAGUUCCAGAGGCAGGUUGCCAGCCACGAAUUCAACACCAAGUCCCUCAGGAAAUUCAUCGAGCAAGUGGUUGAUUCCGAGCUCUCCGAUCGUCUCAUCCCCAUCCUCUCCGCCGCCGCCGCCAACAACACCGUCCUCGACUUCCAGGACAUUCUGCAGCGAUUCACGUUCGACAAUGUCUGUAAAAUCGCCUUCGGAUACGACCCGGCUUACCUCUCCCCUUCUCUACCCAACGAGAAAUUCGCCCAAGCCUUCGAAGACGCAGCUCGAAUCACCAGCCGGAGAUUCCAAUCGUUCCAUCCCCUGAUCUGGAAAAUCAAGAGAUAUCUCAACGUUGGAUCAGAGAAGGACCUCCGGAUUGCAGUCAAUCAGGUACGAGAUUUCGCGAAACACAUGAUUAAAGAAAAAAACAAGGAAUUGAAAGAGAAUGCGUCGUCGCUGCUCAACUCCGUAGAUCUUCUGUCGAGAUUCUUAAGUUCAGGGCAUUCAGAUGAGAACUUUGUAACGGACAUAGUCAUCAGCUUCAUCUUAGCUGGUCGAGACACUACAUCAGCUGCUCUGGAAUGGUUCUUCUGGCUAGUCUCCAAACAUCAACAUGUUGAAAACCAGAUUCUAAGAGAGAUCACACACAAAUCUGAAUCCAACAUGUACGAGGAAGUUAAGGAAAUGGUGUACACGCAUGCUGCUCUAAACGAAAGCAUGAGGUUGUAUCCGCCUGUGCCUAUAGACAGCAAGCAGGCGGUGGAUGAUGAUAUUCUUCCAGAUGGAACCGUCGUGAAAAGAGGGACGAGGGUGGGUUACCACACUUUUGCGAUGGGAAGAUCAGAGGAGAUUUGGGGGAAUGACUGGUCGGAGUUCCGUCCUGAACGGUGGCUCAAGGAAGAUCGGGUCACCGGGGGAAGACAAUUCGUGGCAAAGGAUGUUUACGAGUACCCUGUGUUUCAAGCAGGCCCCAGGAUUUGUCUUGGGAAAGAGAUGGCGGUUCUACAAAUGAAGUCCAUUGCCUCCGGCGUCUUGCGACGAUUUAAGGUGAUUCCGGUGACGGAGAAUAACCAAGAUCCUGUUUUAAUAACUUAUUUCACGUCCAAGAUGAAAGGAGGAUUUCUUGUGAGGAUUGAGAAACGCAAAGAAGAGGGUUGUUCUGUUAUUAAAGACAUUUAA